ACCGCUUCAACUUCCCGAAGGACCCAGAGAACUGGAGGGAAGAGGACCUCAAGGAGCUCUGGGCAGAUGCUCCUUUGAAGAUGACGAAACCUGGUUGGGAUCCAGUUUGGGCCGACGAGGAAGAUUGGGAGGUUGUUAAGGAGGAAAUCAGUGAGGGAAGAGACCCACAAAUUGCGCCGUUCUACAUGCCAUAUCGGAAAUACUAUCCAGCCGUACCAGACAACCAUCACGACAUUGCGAACCCCAAGUCAGUAAUCGAAGAGCUCGAUCGGAUUGAGGAGUUCCUCAAAUGGGUCAGCUACAUUUUCGCGGAUGGGAGCUCAUAUGAAGGCACUGUCUGGGAUGACUUGGCUCAUGGAAAAGGUGUUUAUGUAGCUGAAGACGGGCUGGUCAGGUAUGAAGGUGAAUGGCUUCAAAACAAUAUGGAAGGUCAUGGUGUUGUUGAAGUUGACAUACCUAGCCCCGAACCUGUGCCAGGUUCUGAACUCGAAGCAAAAAUGCGUGCAGAGGGGAAAAUCAUAUCCCGUGAUUUCAUGUCACCAGAAGAUAGAGAAUGGCUGGAGAUGGAUAUUGAAGAUAGCAUCCGUUUAGCGGGUGGAAAAUAUGAAAUUCCGUUCUAUGAAAAUAAUGAAUGGAUCCGGCGGUUUGGGAUAAAACCAGAGAAAGGUCGAUACCGAUAUGCCGGGCAGUGGAAGCAUGGCAGGAUGCAUGGCUGUGGUGUAUAUGAAAUCAAUGAGCGUCCGAUAUAUGUAGGUGCAAAUGAACAAUUGUUAGGUGCUUUGAUUUUGCUUCUUUGUCUUGCCAAUGCACGUUUUAUAGAUAAGGUGUAUAUGCCAUAUCAGAUACACUGACCGUGGUAAAUCUGUUGGAUGGUCAUAUGUGUAUGGUUGACAUCAUAAUUUUGAAGAAGCUAACUAACGAUAUAAUUGGGAGUGAUAAAAUUUGAUCAACUGUUCGAUUAAUUAUUUCUGACCUUGCUAAACCUGUGUCUGGACAAGAUGUUUGUCUGACAUCUGUUUCGGACAUGAAUAGCUUGUCUGAAUUUGAAACUGAGUCAGGUACAGUUUGAGAAUUUGGAGAAGUUGACCUGGUUUGUCUUAUUUUGAAACAUUUGAAUAUGAUAAAACUUAAUAAAAAUAAUAUUAUU